GUGUCCGGCGGACCUGCCUGGCGUGGCGGGUGGCGGCGAUCAUCACAGCCUUGGGUCGUGGUCACCUCAGCAUUCCUUGCCGUCCCGCCACCCCGCCGCCGCCGCCGCCGCCGCCGUGUUUGCAGUGAUGUGUGAGUGAUGUGCGGGGCGGGAGUGUGCGCGCGGGCAGGCCAGGCCCCGGGUCCCAUGGGGCUGGGGCCGGCCCUCCGCUGCCGCCGCUGCUCGCCACCGCCAGUACCUCCGUGGCAGCCGGUGAGAGAGGUCCGCUGCGAUGCCCCGCCGGCCCGCCCUCUCGGCCCUCCCGCUUCUCUCCCUCCUGGUGGGGGCAGCAGCGGGGGAUGACAGCGCUUACUUUGCCGACUGGGGGAUGAUCGGAGGGCGGCCUCAGGAGCCAACAUGCGUGGACAUCCCGGAAGACAUGAAGCUGUGUUCUGGGAUCGACUACAGCAAGAUGCGGCUGCCCAACCUGCUGGAGCACGACACGCUGAAGGAGGUACAGCAGCAAGCAAACUACUGGGUACCGCUGCUCAACUUGCAGUGCCACCCCAACACGCAGUUGUUCCUGUGCUCGCUAUUCACGCCCGUGUGCCUGGAGAGCCCCAUCCCGCCUUGCCGCAGCCUGUGCGAGGCGGUGCGCCUGGGCUGCGAGAGCCGCAUGCAGACCUACAGCUUCCCUUGGCCAGACAUGCUCAACUGUGACAAGUUCCCGGAGGACAACGACAUGUGCAUCACCGUGCAGCACACAGACGCGCCAGGACGCGAGAGAGUGCAAGAUAACGAAUGCCAGACGUGCAAUCCUGUGGAGACCUACGAGAACAUCCUGGACAACUACUGCCGCGCCGACCUGGUAAUCAAGGCGAAGGUCAAGCGGCACCGCAACAACAAACUCUUUCUGAAGAAGUCGAAGAAGGUGUACAAGACUCGAGGCGCUGAGGACGAUCGCCGGGCCCUGAGACGUCUUAGCUUCAGGCUGACGAUGGAGACUCCCUGCUGCUCCUUUCCUCCCUCCAGGAAGUCCUUCCUGAUUAUGGCUCGCAUGCAGAGUUCCAGCUACGUCCCCACCUUUGUUAUGAUGGUGAAGAAGUCUAAGCCACUACGCCAGGCCCUGAAAACCUUCAGGCAAGGACUCAACUGCUCAGACCCUAACCUAAUCAGUAACUUGAAGGGCACGCCACUGAGCCCAGAGGCACACGACUCCGCCACGGACUCCCGCCAGAGGAACUCCCUACGCAGGUGCCUCCAUAGGUGCCGGAAGAGGUGCUCAGGAAAGUGCAAGAAGUCUCAAUCGAGUACCUGUGCUAAUUCCUGCGGGAAGAACUGUCGCGGAACGUGUCGCCGGCGAGGGGCAAGGGGAGGGCAGGGACGUGGUAGGAGAGGGAGGGGAGGCAGGAAUCGCCAAGGUGGAGGUCACAGGCUACUGGGACACGGCAACAGGCACGAGCUCCCAGAAGGCAUGUUGCCUCUAGGUGACCUUGCCAGCGAGAUUACCAACUUCGCUCCCCCGGACAUUGAGAGGCCCCAGCCUGCCCAGAGGGAAAAUUAGUGCCGCCACAGUGGCCCAGAUAGCAUCCCGGAAUCCAGCAUAAGCAAGGCAGUCCUGUAGUCACGGUAGGAGAGGCAGGGUAGUAGUGUCCUGCCCUAGAGUAAAGUGGACACGUUGGGAUGGAGGGCGGCACCACGAUCUGGCAGGUCACAUCACUGAGGACUUGUUAUUGUGGGAAGCAAAUUUGCUGGUCCUCGCUGAGAACACCUAAUGAAAAGUUAUCCAUUCACUCGUAUGGAAGUAAUAAAGUUACUUAUUUAAAGGAAUCACUUCCUGUGUAGGUUUCCAUGUGUUGCAUGAAUAGCUCGCAUCAACAGUGUCUUGUCAAGGCAACAAAUACUCAAGCAUUGCAUCAUGUACGUCUCACACGGAAUUGCGAACUGCAAAAACUUACAUGCGUAAGGUGUGUGUUUUGUGCGUCAAUUAGGCUGACCUGGAAGACAGAGAUGACAAGGUUGCCUUCCCUCUAGACUUCCCAUUGGUUAAAAUAGGCCCUUGUGCGUGUAAACAAGCCAGGUAGAGAAAGAUAUUGAAUAGCGUUGCAAUUUUAAAUACUGAUGUAAGUGAUGUUUAAUGUGAAUGAUUUUAUGGUUAUCAAAAUCCUGUGCAAAAUUACUCAUCCCUCUGCGCCUUCGCGGCGUUUUUCAUCCCACAGCUGGGACUGGAGUAUCCGCAAUGCGCCGCGCCAUGGCACAAAACGGCCAAGACUUACUCAGGAUCGGUUAUUUGACGUUCAGAAUCGCACCUUUAGUCCCGAAUUCGCUGGCUUUGGAACACCAGCAGUGUGUAUAUUAUCUUGUACAUAGACGGAGUACUUCAAGGUAGUGAUGUAGGGGCGUUAGAAGACGUGGAGGGGGUGGCGGAAGGUUGGGGGGAGGCGAGGCCAGGGUAUCGCGGGUGGCCGGGCAAGACACCCCGUCAAAAUACGUAGUGGCUAAUUAGUUAAUCAGGCGCCGCAAGUCUUACGAAUUUUAAAGUAAAUAAAACAAUUAUGAUAAAGUAACUAUUAAAGAAAUAAUGAUUUGGAAGCCUUUAUGGUCAUCAAAUGCUGGACACGGAAGAUGAAGCUCGCACGGACACACCAAACUUGGUCCUUACAGCUGUGUAGGGAAGGGCAGUUGCAUAUAAAUCCGAAUGAACAAAUAAGGUCGAAAGGGAAAAUUCCGAAUUACAGAAACAAACAACCAAAAAGUCUGUGGAGGUACACAAUGUGCUGUAAGAUGAAAAUAAAAACUAAUAGAAAACAUGUACAAUCAUGGCCAAAAGUUUGUUCACGUGCCGUAUUCUUUUCCACUAAUUUAAUCGUGUCGUCUCAACCGGAAGUCCUUUGCCUGUCAACACCUGAUAACCGAAGGGUUCCAAGGAGCUCAGAGGACGUGAGACUGAAGGAAAACGCUAAACACAGUGGAGGUGAGAGCGUCAGGUUACAAGACUUCUGGCCGCGACUGUACCUUCAGUGAAUGGUACACCACACGUAUAUGUAGAGCUAUACUGUGACUGAUAUUCACCAAAACUGAAUGAAUAUAGACACGAAAUGAUGAUGUCAGCUUCCGUUUUCUGUUCUUUCAUCCUGGAAUUGUGUGUGUUGGGAGCGUCUCUGUGUCAGCAAAGGUUGAUGACACUGGCAACAUUUCGAUCAAAGGCAAGACUCACGGUGGCUUAUCCUUAAUUCUAAACAAAAUAUUCACUUUCAUUUACAUACACAUAACGUCACCUUGGUGUCAUUAUCACUGCAUUGACUCAGCAUGAUCAUGGUAGUAGUCUUGAGUUCUCUUCUAUGGGAUUAUUACGAUUAUUACCUUUUAUAUUAUCGUUAUUAUCAUUGAUAUUAUUAUUAUUAUUAUUAUUAUUAUUAUUAUUAUUAUUAUUAUUAUUAUUAUUAUUAUUAUUAUUAUUAUUAUUAUCAUUCAUAUUUGUUAUUAUUAUUAUGAACAUCUUCACCUCAGUGUUUUCCAUAACUAAAUGUCCUUGAGAGUCUAGUAUAGUCUCCUCUCUACUCUUACUUUAGGUCUUAGAUAUAUUACUAUUUAGUGUACUGUAAGCAAGCUUGUAACUGUCAUGUACUCCUUUGUAUAAUGUGUGUGUGUGUGUGUGUGUGUGUGUGUGUGUGUGUGUGUGUGUGUGUGUGUGUGUGCGUGUGUGUGUGUGUGUGUGUGUGUGUGUGUGUGUGUCCUACAGGAAUGAGUGUUCUAAUCCCACAAAUAAGCUGUACUGAUAGACAAGUCACUAGUGAAGACUUGUAUUCUGAUGGCUGGCGAUAAAAUGGUAAUAAUAGGAGAAGGCCUUUCAUUUCUUCUGUCACGGCGAUACUUACUCCAGUGACCAUCAGCUGCACCAAGGCACCGCACUUCACGGACGGGGGUGGGAUGUAACCAAGGGCCACCACUACAACAUGUUCAGAGUUGUGGUUCUCUUCUGUGGCUCCUCAAACUGACUCAUGUUCUUCACUCUCACUGCUAGACAAAUUUUCUUUAGUACCUAUAACUCUUUAGACGCCAUUUUUGUGUUAGGCUCCCGUAAGUGUUUUUGUAGUCUAAUCAUGUUUUCCCCUCUUUUCUCUCCUAUGUCUCCAUGCAAAGAGUUCUCACAGUGCAAGGAGGGAAGGACGACCACGCAAGGAAAAGGAUUAAAUACAUCGUUCCUUUCUCUCGAUUACUUUCAACUGGCCUGAGUGGAAAUUAUUGGAGCUUUGAAGGGUAUUUUUAUGAGCUUACUGAUGGUCUAAGAUAGAUUCUUUGAUAACCAAUGGGAAAAACUUUCACGACAAUCCAGCAAAUCACCUCAUUGGCCCCUGAAACGCCUUUACGAGAGAGCAAAGCAUUUAAAAAUGUGAGUAUUUUCUCUUUGACCUCGACCAAUUAUCGUACUUUAAUAUCUUGUUUAUGAUAAUCAUCAACACGAUAAUACCAGAGCUAUUAAAGAAAAUAACAAGAAAUUUGAAAAGCUUCCGAUAUGUUUUCAUAGCUAUGAUUUUAUUUAUUUAUUUAUUUAUUUAUUUUUUAUAUUCUUUUUGGCUCAGCAACAGUUUAUUCUCCUAUCUCAUUGGUAACUAAUGCCUUCAGUUUAGUGAAGCAUGACUACAAUAAGAAAUCCAGAAAGGACAGCUGAAAUUAUUACCAAUUAUACACUUAAAAAGUUAUAAGGCAAAUUAAUUACCACUAUCACUUACAUAAUUUUAUUUUUAUUUAUUUUUAUAUAUUUAUCUAUUUAUCAAUACUAUAUUAUUUUUUCGCUGAUUUAACUGCCUAGCCUCUGCCACAGAUGACGCUCAUUAGUAAUAAAACGGUAAGUAAGACCUGGCAGAUGAUUAAUGGUGGUGCAAUCAGCGCCUCAACUCUCUGCAGCGUCAGUCCGCCACCACUGAUGUACAUUCAGUUUCGAGAAGGGAAGGAAGAGAGACACAAGUAAUAAGACAGAGACGGGCAGUGGAGCAUUACAAGGAGCAACGGCAGCAGACGAAUAUACAGUAUGCCAAAGAGGGCAAGUGGAGAGAAACAGACAAGAAUCGAUGUAGUAAGAUAGACAAACAAGCAUUCAUGAACAAAAUAAACUGCACAAGAAAGGGAAGCCCAAAAUAAGGUACACACAUCAUCCUCUGCAGUGCUUUGUAACCAAGCAUGAGUUGACAUUCCAAGGAACUCGUUUGAAACCAUCUUACCAAGUGUUUUAUGGACCCGUUCGCUGAGGAAAGACUCCUCAGUGCAUGUAAUCAAGUCCACACACACGCCAGUAUCUGCCCUGCCCACUGAGUCACUUGGGGCUGAAGUCCAGAGAAGUUUCAAAGUGAAAUAGAUGACUUCGAUACUGGAAAAUUGUUCGGACAUGCAAGUGUGAGGUAUAGUCCCUGCGGGUGUGCACGCCCUCACAUCUGACGCCCAUAUGCUCCUCAGGUGGAUCUUGGGAUACGAUAUCGAAGUUAAUUACAUGCUGUACUGGUGUGUGUGUGAGGUACCGCAUGUGAGGCCACUGUAGUGUGUGUGUGUGUGUGUGUGAGUGGGGGAGUCGCAGUGCCAGUAUAAGCCUUGCUGUUCUUCAGUAUUUAUCGUACACACGCUGAUACGUUAUGGCAGAGUCUCUUGCCUUGGUGGAUUCCGUGGAAGAGGGUCUGCGGAGGGGCGCAAAAAAAGCGCAGGAUGACGGCCACGCUUCAGCCAAGCACUCUGGGAUUGUACGACACCUUCGAGCGUAAGAGGAGAUGAUGGGUGUGAUGAUGCAGACCGCCAGCGGGACCGGAAGGCAAAAAGGGCAAAGGGGUGCUCGCCUGUGGCACUCUUGCGCUACGUGGUGAAUGUGAUGCGCCCGAAUCGGCUGCAGGAGACGAGGCCGCUUACGGAGAGGCGCGCCACCCACCUCCAUUGGCUGUUCUUCACACAUAACAAGGUACCUGCCCAGGCUGAUAUGGAGCCUAGGCUCUGGUGCGGCGCAUGGAGUCAUGGAUGCGGGGGCGUGGGUCAUCGAGGGUUUGAAGGACUAUGCCGCCAAUGGGGGUUUCUACUUAGUCCCCGUCGAGACUCUAGGUAUGGUGCAGACGUCCCCACAGCAGUGGGCCCUGUGACACACGCCGCCCCUUCCUAUCUCGCUCCAGUUCUCCACUGGAGAACUGUUUUUUUCCUUCAGUAUAACAAAACACGAACAGUGAAGUGAAGACAUUGCACAAAAGAUGGUAACAACGGCAAGUAAAGGAGGAAUCUCUCUCUCUCUCUCUCUCUCUCUCUCUCUCUCUCUCUCUCUCUCUCUCUCUCUCUCUCUCUCUCUCUCUCUCUCUCUCCAUGUCCUGUACUUUGAAGUUAUUGGUGUAACUAUAAUAAAUGUAUGAGUAGUUAGCUAUCCUACAUGUGGCAGCUCUUGUAAUCUCUCUCUCUCUCUCUCUCUCUCUCUCUCUCUCUCUCUCUCUCUCUCUCUCUCUCUCUCUCUCU